AUGCAAAAAGGAACAAUAAUUGGAAAUAUAGCUUCAGAUAUUGGCGUAGACACCAGUAAUCUAUAUAAACGGAGGCUACGUAUUGCUUUGGGGAGUGGAAAGAAUUAUCUGGAUGUUAACAAAAUAAACGGGCAUUUAUUUAUUAAGGAAAAAAUCGACCGAGAAAAUAUUUGCGCCUUUAAAGACGACUGCGUUCUUAAUCUGGAGGCCUUACUUGAAAAUCCACUACAGAUGUUUAGCGUUGAGGUAGAAAUCUUGGAUGUUAACGACAAUGCCCCGAGAUUUCCUUUUAGCGAAAGUCGAAUUAACAUUUCAGAAUCGAAGCUAAAAGAUGAAAGGUUUUUGUUGGUGAAGGCCGUGGACCCUGAUGUUGGCAAUAACUCAGUGUGUAAUUAUAAACUCAGCGAAAAUGUGUAUUUUGAAAUCAGCGUGAGAACUUGGAAAGACAGCUCUGUUUCUGCUGAUUUACUAAUCAAGGAGGCACUGGACAGAGAACAGCAAGCGGUGCACAAUUUAAUUCUAACGGCUAUAGAUUGUGGGUUACCCUCAUUAUCUGGCGCGAUUAAUAUCACGGUUACUAUACUUGAUGAAAACGAUAAUGCUCCAAAAUUUGAAAGACAGAUUUAUGAAGUAGAGGUUUCAGAAAAUACGUUAAUAGGAACUAGUUUUAUUACACUGAUCGCGAAAGACGCUGAUGAAGGCUCAAAUGCCGAGUUAUUAUAUUCAUUUAAUCCUCACACCUCUGAAGAGGCACAAAUGAAAUUUCGUCUGAAUUCGAGGACUGGUGAGCUCAGUGUUAAUGAAAUACUGGAUUUCGAACAAUCUUCUCAAUAUGAGUUAUUUGUACAAGCAAAAGAUAACGGGCCAAAUCCUAUGACUGGACACUGCAAUGUAAUAAUAAAAAUCAUUGACAGCAAUGACUAUCAGCCUGAAAUCAUUAUUGCCUCAUCGCAGAGUUCAGUAUCUGAAGAUGUACCCAUAGGAACAGUCAUUGCUCUCUUUAGUGUCACAGAUUUGGACUCUGGCAACAAUGGGAAAGUAAAAUCUCAUAUAUCAAAUAAUGAUGAGUUUAAACUUCAGCAAACCAUGGAUAAUGUUUUUGCUUUGGUGACUGCGAACAUUUUGGAUAGAGAAAGAACAUCUAGCUUUAAUAUCACUAUUAUCGUCAAGGAUGAAGGAACACCUCCUCUCUCAAACAAUAAAACACUUUUUUUAAAUCUGUUGGAUGUAAAUGACAACGCACCAUCGUUUUCACGUUCUUCAUACGAAAUUCUAAUUCCAGAAAACAACAUCCCUGGCACUUUGCUGUGUUCCAUUACUGCAACAGAUCCUGACGCAAAUCUAAACGGAGCCCUGAAAUAUUCCAUACAAGAAAAAUAUGAAUUCAAUAACACCUUCAGGAACUAUUUUUCCAUCAAUCGGGACAACGGAAAUAUUUACUCAUUGCAGUCUUUCGACUAUGAAAAACAGACAUUUUAUACGUUUGAUUUGGUAGCUAAAGACUCUGGCACUCCUCAGCUAAGCAACAGCGUGACGGUGAAGAUAACUGUUCUUGAUGAAAACGAUAACACACCGGUUAUUGUUUCACCCUGGCGCCCUCAUGGAUCAAUAGUUAGCGAUACGAUUCCAAGUUCGGCUGAAGAAGGAUAUUUAAUAACCAAAGUUAUAGCCAUUGAUGACGACUCGGUUCAGAAUUCACGAAUUACAUACCACUUGCUUCAGGUUACUGACCAGACAUUGUUUACAUUAAACCAGUAUACUGGGGAACUUCGAACCAGAAGACGCUUUGGUCUUCGAGACUCUUCCAAACAAAGACUUGUGAUUCAAGCCCGGGACAAUGGCAAUCCUUCAUUGUCAUCGACAGUCACAGUCCUAAUAUCCAGAUUUGACCCAGAGGUUGAAGAUGUUCUGACACUAAAUGACGAGGAAGGGACGGAUUUUUUAUCAUCUUUAAACGUAUAUUUGAUGAUCGGUCUCGGUUCUGUUUCACUCCUGUUACUUUUAACUUUAUUCACUUGCAUUGCACUUAAAUGCCAUCAUAAUCCAUCCGAGGACAGCACAAAGUCGACAAAUCGGAUUAGUUGCUACAGCCAAAGGGAUUCGAUGAUUUCUGAACUACCGGCACACUCGACUUUAUAUUCGAGCGACGCAUACUGGCACAGUGUGCUUUUAGCGGAAUCAAGAAAAGGAAAAAUGCUGGUGAGGCGGUCAAUGCCGAAUGGAACUGGCUUCAUUGUGUCAAGUUUGGAGAGGAAUUCGGAGCAGGGAACGAUAAGCGAAUUAGCUGACACACCGAUUCAGGUAAGGCUGUAA